UGAGCCUCGGAUCGCCGCCAGGACGACUGCUAGCGCUGGCUUCAGGAGGUGGCUCUGGCCACUUUCAGUGUCCAAGGGAAGAGGAGAAGCAACAUUCCACCGUACCAGUCUCCUGCCACUAAGAUGAGAAGAGAUACCUGAAAAAUGUCUGAAAACUCCAGUGACAGCGAUUCAUCUUGUGGUUGGACUGUCAUCAAUCAUGAGGGGUCUGAUAUAGAGACAGUGAAUUCUGAAAAUGGUGUAGCAAAUGAAAGUCCUGAUUUUGCAUCAGAAGGAUACACAGCUUUAGUGCAAGAGGAACAUCAGCAUCAGCUUUUAGAUCAAGAAGGAAAUAGUGAAGAUGGCACAGUGUUAGUGGGAGAAACUGCUUAUCUAGCUUUGGAAGAAGCCAACUCAGUUCUCGAGAAAGAGAGAGAAAAGUCACCUGAUGACAAUGUCUAUUUUGGGGCUAUCAGUGAUGAUUCUGACAUCGUUACCCUUGAACCACCUAAGCUGGAAGAAAUUGGAGCACAAGAAGAAGUUAUAAUUGUUAAAGACAUCCAGGGUUCUGAAGAUUUUAACUUAGGGUCUUCCUCUAGUAGCCAGUAUACAUUCUGUCAGCCAGAUCCUGAAAGGUGGUGGGAGAAGCUGUGGAAGAUUCCAGAGUGCAUAAGGGGAUGGGAUGACCAACUGAAACACCAUGUUCCCAGCCAACUCUUUCAAGUAUUUCCAUCCCGGCCUAGCGAUGAUGAGUCAAGUAGUGAUGAAACAAGCCAUCAGCCCAGCCCCACACUGAGAAGACGACGUGCUAGAAAGAAGACAGUUUCUUGUUCAGAAUCUGAGGAUAGACCACCUAUUGAACAUGAAUCUGAUUCUCCUAAGGAAAAGGUGCACCAGCACCACUUCAAUAGUAGCCUCAACAAGUGUAUUAUACUAGCUUUGGUGAUUGCAGUCAGCAUGGGAUUUGGACAUUUCUAUGGUAAACCUUCAGGUACCAUUCAGAUUCAAAAACGCCAGGAACUAGUCAGAAAGAUACAUGUUGAUGAAUUGAAUGGUAUGAAGGAUUAUCUUUACCAAUGUCAGCAAGAACAAGGGGCUUCUGGUGAUAAGUCACUGAGAGAAAAUCUUGCAACAUGUUUGAGGCUUACUGAGGUGGAGAAGAUAGCCUUUGAAACACAGAAAAAAACCCUCGCUACAGAAAACCAUCAUUUAAGAGUGUCUCUGGAGAAGGAAGAAAAAGCAUUGUCCUCCUUACAGGAAGAGUUAAGGAAACUAAGAGAACAGAUUCGAAAUUUGGAAGAUAAAGAAACAAGUACUGAAUCAAUAGUUUCUGAAAAUCAAAAACUUAAACAGCAUUUAGAAGAAGAAAAGCAAAAAACUCAUAGCUUUCUCAGUCAGAAGGAGACCCUCUUGGCAGAAGCACAGAUGCUAAGGAGAGAACUAGAAAAAGAACGACAAACAACCAUUGCCUUAAGGGAGGAACUGGAUCUUUUAAGCAGUAAGCAGUCAUCUGGUGAUAUAGACUCUCCCAAUAUACUGACUGAAAAUAAGGAAAUAGAAACUUUACGAACAAGACUAACAGAGCUGGAAUGGAAGCUAAACUUUGAACAACAACGAUCUGAUUUGUGGGAAAGAUUAUAUGUUGAAGCAAAAGAUCAAAGUGGAAGACAAGAAAACAAUGAAAAAAAUAAAGGUAGCAAGGGAACUAACAAGGCUAGGAAGUCUAAAGAUACCUUGUUUGGUUCAGUUAAGGAAACUUUUGAUGCCAUGAAGAAUUCAACAAAAGAAUUUGUAAGGCACCAUAAAGAAAAGAUUAAACAGGCUAAAGAAGCUGUUAAGGAAAACUUGAAAAAAUUUUCAGAUUCUGUUAAGUCUACCUUCAGCCAUUUCAAAGAUACCACCAAGAUUAUCUUUGAUGAAAAGGGGAAUAAAAAAUUUGGAGAUAAAAGAGAUGAAGCAACUAAAAAAGCAAAAACUGUUUAUCGUGAAUAUUUACAUCCCCAACCUAGACCACCUUCUAAAAACACACAUCAUAAAAGUCCCAGCAUGGCAAGAUCAGGAAGAAAACAAAAGUCAGUUCAGUUUGAAACAUUUGAGAACACAAAUUCCCAGAAAUGCAGCACAAUCCAAGACUCAGUAAGAAAUUACCACUUUUUAAAAAACCCUUCUGAUUUUAUUGAAUGUGGUCAUCAGGAAAAGCAACCAGUUCAGUUUGAAACAUUUGGUAAAAACACCAACUCCCAGAAAUGCACCACCGACAAAGACUGUGUGAAAAAUCCUCACCGUCUAACAAAAGGCUGUUCUGGUGUUUUUGAAUGUGCUCAUCAGGAAUCUGUUAGCCUUUUCAACAGAGUACUAGACCCUGUAAGAAUAGAUGAAUUUAAUCAAUUAAUGCAAAGAUAUGUGCAGCAAGAAGUAAAUGACUUCCAUCAUUGGGGAGAACUUGAGCAAUUCAUCAAUAAGUUUUUCCAUAACAGUGUCUUUAUUCAUGAUCAGAUGUUGUUCACUGACUUUGUUAAUGAUGUUAAAGAUUAUCUUGAAGACAUGAAGGAAUAUCAAGUAGAUAAUCAUGGAGUGUUUGAGGAUUUGGAUGACUAUAUAUAUAGACAUUUCUUUGGUGACACAUUUCCCCCUCAGUAUGGACCCAGUCGCCCUGAUAAAAAGCAUCGUAUGGUUAAUAUUGAAAACUCCAGGCAUCGAAAACAAGAGCAGAAGUACCCUCAGCCACAGCAUUAUAAGAGGGAAGGUAAAUGGCAUAAACAUGGUCGAAGUAAUGGAAGACACACAGCAAAUCUUGAAAUAGAAUUGGGGCAGUUACCUUUUGACCCAAAAUAUUGAACAUGAUUAAGUAAAUUAGAUAACUUUAAGAGAAUUGUGGAUGUUCUCUACUCUGUUCAGUAUUGAAAACUAAGAAACUGAAGUUACCAAGAAGUCAAUGUCUUUCAUCUCUAAAUUGGUUUGGUGAAUUUUACACUGUUACUCAAAAGCAUCCGUCAAAGCUUACUAACUUGCAUUUUCUUUGUAGUUUAGCUCUGCUGAAUUCUUUUUGGCAAUGGAAAUAGUUUGGUUGUAGUUUUACUGCUAGGGAAGCCAGGCAUGCAAUAGGUUUUGUGCAUGGAAUGAAGUUUUCUUUCAUUUUAAGGUGAGACAAGCUCACGUCAUAUAUGACAAAGUAAAUUUAACACUGACAUUUGUUAACUUUGGUGUUGAGCUGCCUUGGAAAAAAUACAUUGUGAUGGAAUUUCAUCUCUGUUAAUGUUUAUAAACUUUCUUUUUUGUCUUUUCUUUGGGUUCAAGAGCCCAUUGACUUGUGAAGAAUUUGAUGACUCCUUAAUGAGCUUGCUUGACUUGUUCAUUGGUGAAAUUUCUUGCACAUCUGAAUAUUGUGGAAGGAAAAAUAAAACUACACCAUGGGGAAAAAGGUCUUUAUUGA